UGUCAGUAGAAUGUUUUGAAACAAAGUGGUGUAGUGAAGUGAUGUUGUGUUCUUCAAUAUUUCAUAAAUCGAUUAGUGAAAUUUAUUCUCGCUCUUGGUUCUGGAUUAUUUCGACUGCACAUUUUAUUAGAUCAAAUAUGUGAAUCACAACACAUUGUUGUCAACAACGUGUAAAAUUGAUACUGACGGCUAGCCUAUCCUGCAGGAAACUAAUGGCCUUUACUUGGAAAGUUCAUGUGCAUCGGUGGAUGGAAUAUAAAAAAUGUGACAAGUGUAAAGUGUACUAGUUUAAAAUGGUAGCAAUGCUGCCUACAUUCAUAAAGGACAUAUCAACUCCCCUUGUACCCGGGUAGGAUUUACGUUUAAGAGCUUUGAUGUAGGUUUAAAUAAAAAUGAGAGAACAGGUUAAUGUUAGCUUAUCAGAUUGGGAAAAAUGGAUUUUAGACGCAAUACGCAAAAUCCGAGCCCAGAAACAGAGACCUUCUGCCGAGAGAAUUUGUCAUGCUGUGCGUCAACACCAUCCCCACAGCGAAGAGGUGAUAAGAGAAUACUUGGAGCAGUUGGUCAAUGCUGGAACAGUUCUCAAAGUUUUUAAUAAAGGCCAGAAUACUUAUAAGGACCCUGGUGGAGUACAACAGACAAGGCAAUUAAAAAUAACCAAAGAUUCUGAUUUAUCCAAAGUAGUAUAUAGAGCAGCUCGGGAACUUCAAGAACAUGAUGGUUCUAGUUUAAAAAGUAUUGAGAAAUACAUUCAGCAAUCACAUACAUUAGAACUAUCUGAUCCGGAUGUUGAUCUGAGUACUGUGAUAAGAUUAUCAGCAAAGCGAGCAGUUGACAAGGGUUUGGUAGUGCUUGAUGGUAAACUUUAUAAGGCUGUGGAACAAGUUGCUGAAAAACCAAAAGUAAAGAAACUUAAAAGUGAAAGUGUUGGAACACCAAGUGAUGAUAUUCUCAAACAAGAGCGCUCAGAAGACGACGAUAAAACAUUUAAAACGCCUAAGUCUUGUGCUAGGAAGAAGAGAACUUCAGACAAACAUAAUGAACCAGCCAAGAAGACAGCGUUACCCAUAUGCAGCGAGUGCCUGGGGACAGCAGACAAGAACCGCGCUGGGGAGGCAGAGGCGCUCAGUUGUUGCGCCAGCUGCGGAGUCGGCGUCCACCUCAGCUGUGUGCCUCAGUCCAAAGACCCCAGCCUGGCACCACUAUUGUCCACGUGGUAUUGUGAGGACUGUCGUCUGUGCGCUGCCUGUAGUCAGUCCCUAGAACAGACGUGUCUGGUGCCAUGUGCGACGUGUGAGAGAGUCUAUCACACAGGCUGUCUGCAACCUCCUCCUGAGCGCAAGCCCAAGUCAUCUUGGAGAUGCACGUAUUGUCUGGAGCCUCAUGACAAGCCGCCGCCUCCCCCUCCCCCGGCUCACGAACCUUCGCCUCCUGCCAAUACACCAAACUCUUCACACAAGACCCCUAAACGCAAUAAGGAGCUCAGAAAUCAAAGGUUGGCGGCGCGAGGACUGACAGGACGCAAGGGCAAGAAAGCCAGUGUUGUGGAGGAGAGCAGCUCUGAGGAUGGUAAUGAGUCCCCUCCUCCUCCUCCAGCCCCUGUCCGAUCCUCACCCUCCCCUUCCUCUCCCGGUGGGGGUCCGGCCAGUGGCCAGCGGGAAGAGACUAGCGAUCGAAUCUCAAAAGAGAAACAAAAGUUCUUUAGAACGAGUGCAUUCUAUGCGAUGCGCCAGGGUGGUGUGGGUGCGGGCGCUCGUACUGUGCGGGACUCGAGCUCUAGCAGUAGUUCCUCCGGUAGCAGCAGUAGUAGUAGCAGCAGCAGCAGUGACGAGUCCAGUAGUACCUCCGACACGGAGCAGAAUACCAAAGUGCAAGUCAGGACUCAUAGUGAGGCUAAGAAAUGUGAUAUUAUUGUUAGUGAAAAAAAUAAAGUAGUUAGGGAUGUAGUUAAAGAAGUGAAACCGCCGGUGGUGAAGAGUGGAGAUGUAGAGUUCCGCAAAUCGGUACCUCUGAGGUCCGCGACCAAUCACGAUCGGUGUAAGACACCCAGUAUUGGUCACAAAAUAACAGAGACUCUGCCUAAAAGUGCCGGGUCGAAUAAUCAAGCUGAUACUCCUGCAACUGCCCUCGACACUCCUGUGUUUUCUAACCUUUAUAAGUCAUCAUUGCCAGACAGCUUUACACCACUUUCCACCAGUGCUUCUAAAGCACCAGCACCUCGCACAGGGAGCCCCACUAAGUCCCCCAGUGGAUCCAACGGGAGGUUAACUUCAAAACCCGGAGGUAACAUGUCUUCAUUGAUCAGUAGUUUGUCCAACAGCUACUUGAACAAGUCAUCGUCAUCACCAGCAAACAGUCACUCUGUUACAUCAUCAAAAACUGACAAAGUAAACAACCAUAAUUCUUUUGUCGAAGAGAAGGAAAAACCCUGGGGGUUUGCGGCUGCUGCAGCCCAAGAGAAGGCAGAUAUUUUUGGUUCAAACACAAUCGAAGCCUUUACUCCCCUCAGUGGUCUCAUCAACCCCAAGCAUUCGGUGACUACUCCACCUUCAUGUAAAACUAGCCUGAGCACCUUGUGUUCGCCUCUAGGAGCUACUCUUCACACACCACUGACUUCUACGUUGAAAGCUCCCUUAGGAGCUGCUCUGGACAAACCCAUGUCCACAACCAGCUCGUCUGGAACAGCACCAGCAGACGACAGACCGGUGAACAAAGAAAUGUAUCGGCCCGGUCUUGGACAACUCAAGGGACUGUUUGACGGACUAAGCCACUUGUUCACUACUCCGGCUCACAGCCGCUUUAGAACUGGAGCAAAUACACCUAAUUAUAAUCCUGGGAGGCGGAAACCCCGUUCCGAGUUACCAAAGAGAAAAUAUAAGACUGUUAAUGAAAUUAAAACGUCGAAUAAAGUGCCUAAAACGGGAACGAUCCCGCCCUCCAAAGAAGUUGUUGUACCUUUAACUCCUCCUGCUCCCUUGCAAUUACCACCUCCCCCCGAAGUUAAAUAUUUAAGCCCCUCUUUUCUCGUUAAAACGGCAGCAAAUGCUAAAAAACAUGAAACAGAAAGAAGACGUAUGUUUAAAGAAGAAGGUCCCCACAUUGUUUCCGACAGUACGUUGAUGUUGCACAAAAAGCAAGCCCAAAAGAGAGAACUUAUCGCGGAAGCCACUCUCCGUGACCACCACCACCCUGUGCCUCCAUCUCAUUUCCGAGCACCUUCUCGGACCGACCACCUCAGGCCGACCGACUCUAACCGCUCGGUGUUCCAGAGAAUCAACAGCAUGCAGGAUUUGCCACAGUUUGUGUCACAGAAAGAUGUGGAAUUGUUCAAACAAGCGAUUCAGCAGCGUAUCAGUUCGACGGUGGAGUCAGCUGAGCCUGUGGCUACGACGUCCACUCCAGGUGGGUCGCUGCAGACUAGGUGUCCAGCGGCCAUCGAGUUUGGAACCUAUGAGAUUCAAACCUGGUACUCCUCCCCCUUCCCCCAGGAGUACGCAAGAUUACCAAAGCUGUUUCUGUGUGAGUUCUGCCUCAAAUACACCAAAAGUAAGGCAGUUCUGGAGAGACAUCAAGACAAGUGUACAUGGAGGCAUCCCCCCGCCACCGAGAUAUACAGGCGUGAUGAUCUCUCUGUUUUUGAGGUUGACGGGAAUGUGAAUAAAAUUUACUGUCAGAAUCUCUGCCUUCUAGCCAAGUUGUUCCUAGACCACAAGACUCUCUAUUACGAUGUGGAGCCGUUCCUGUUUUAUGUAUUGACCAAAAAUGAUCACAAGGGUUGUCAUCUAGUGGGGUAUUUCUCCAAGGAGAAGCACUGUGCCCAGAAGUACAAUGUCUCUUGUAUCAUGACCAUGCCUCAGUAUCAGAGACAAGGAUAUGGCAGAUUCCUCAUAGACUUCAGUUACUUGUUGUCCAGAGAGGAAGGCCAGCCCGGGACACCUGAGAAGCCAUUGUCAGACCUGGGCAGAGUGUCGUACCAUGCCUACUGGAAGUCAGUCAUACUGGAGUACCUGCACAGGCACAAGGACGAGCCUUUCUCCAUUGCAGCCAUCAGCAAGGAGACUGGUGUGUUCAGCCACGACAUCAGUGUGACAUUACAACAGCUGGGGAUGGUGGCCAAGAAAAAGAGCGGGGAGAUCAUCAUCACAGUGGAUUGGGACAUGGUGGAGGCACACGCUCGUCGUGUAGCCACCAGCCGCUCUCGGAUACACAUAGAGCCCGAGUGUUUGCGGUGGACACCUCUCAUCUCACACAUUGCCAACCCCUUCAAGACCAUCGAGGGAGAGGAGAGCAGUAAGGUGGAUGUGGAGAGUACAGACCCUACAGAUGAAGAGGCUGAAGACACUAGUGAGCCUGUGUCACGGGGGAGACGGGGCCGUGGACGGGGCAGAGGACGGGGCCAUCGCAGACAAGCCAGUCUCCGCCACCUGCAGGAUACUGUGGGCACAUCAGACACUGACCAUAGUCCCAGCCCAGCACCACGCAAGCGCAAGUUUAAGAACAGGCUAAUGACCAACUUCUUCAAGAAGCGAGAGAUGACGUUAGACAAGGAAGACACCGAGGAGGAUGUAAGCCUGGCUGGUCGCAAGCGCAAACGCAAAUCCUACGACGAGUCUGAACCUGUGGAGAAACGGUCUCGCAGCGACAACUCUGCCAGUCUCCUCAAGCCAAGUAGAUUCACUGGCAACACUCCUCCUAUCGCUAUGGCAAAGUCAUUUGGUCGAGGUCGUGGCAGAGGCAGAGGUCGAGGACUGGGCAGAAGUCGCGGCAGAGGGCUUGGUCGAGGGUUUGGCCGUUCAGUCAACAUCACUUCUGCGCUGCUGCCUAGAAGAGGCCGACCUGGCCGUCCUCCCAAGAUUUGUGUCACCAGCACUGAGGGAGAGAUGCAGCUCAUCAGCAAUGCUCCAGUUCAGAGACUCAGGAAGGUCAACAACUUCUCUAUGGCAGCCAAACUACGCUGGCAGAAGCGACACGCCAAACUACUGCAGGAGAAACAACAAGCUGCCACUGCAGUCAACAAACCUGUUGAGAGUCUGGAGGGGAUGCCAUGUUUGUCGCCAGAGGUACACUCAGCUCCACCAGUAGCACCUCCACUGUCUCCACCCGCCUUGCUCUCCUCAGCCGUGCUGCCCAAGAAACGGGGACGUGGUCGACCACGCAAACUGCCUUCACCUACUCCACAGAAAAUGGAAGAAGAUUCAAGAGAGGUUAAAAAUUUGAACGUUGAACCAGUUGAAACAGUCAACAAUUCUAGUCCGGAGACGUCAGAGGAGAUUGCAGAUGUUGCGAAGAAGGAGUUUGAAAGCAAAGAAAUGUAUGAAUCUCCGAUUGCCAGGGAAGAAAAGAGUGAAGAGGAUCAAAGUGAUGAACCAGCCUCAACAAAAGAAAAGGAAGAAGAACCUGAAAAAAUGGAGGUUUGUGAGGAAUCUGAUAAGGAAGAUUCAUCUCCAGUUGAGAGUCAACCUUCACCAAAGCAGGACUCUCCUUCUGAACGACCUGCCUCUCCUGUCGCUCAAACACCUCCUCCACCUGAACUGAAGGAGGACAGUCGUCCACCAUCACCCCUACUGCAGCCGGUCGAGAACAAAGAAGAAAAGUUGACAAAUGAAAAUAAUGAGGUUUUAAAACCUGAACAGGAGCAGAACAGCAUGGAAGUUCCUGUUCAUCAUAGUCCCACUGUAGAACAAAAUCAUGAUCCAAAUGAAGAAGAUGAAGAAGUAACAGUUGUCGACAAGGAAGAUGAAAUUAGUAAAUCAUCUCAAAGAUCCAGAGCUCCAGAUAUGCCUGUACUGACAGAAGACGUGCCUGAUGAUUCUUGUUGUAGGAUGGAAGAUGAUAGCAAAAAGGAACAUGAUAGCCUUCAACAAAUUGACAGCGUGAAAUGCCGACCUGGUGAAUCUGAGACAACAACGAAAGAAGAUAAAAGUGCACAAUCAGAACCCAUGGUAGAUCUGACACAAGGAGACGAAUCAAUGCAUGAGUUUGACCGUAAAUCAGAUAAACCGGAAGGAGAGAAGUGCAAGCAAUAUGACAGGUACAUUCCACCUCCCAAUGACAGUUACUAUAAACAAGAGAGAAAUGAAAAGAAAAGAAGUCAUGAACCUGAAUAUCCAAAGAAGAGUUAUGAUGAACAAAAGAGAAAUACUGAAAUUGAACUUCAGAAGAGACACUAUGAAGCAGAAUAUCAGAGGAAGAGUUAUGAAGAUUACCAAAAAAGGAUGAGUGACCUAGAAAACCUGAAAAGAAUAAAUGAUUUAGAGAAUCUCAAAAGAAUCAACGAUCUAGAAAAUAUUAAAAGAAUGAAUGACUUUGAGAACAUAAAAAGAAUGAACGAUCUAGAAAACAUGAAAAGAAAUCAUGACCAAGACUAUCAACGCAGAUUCUAUGAACAGCAGGAGUAUGCAAAGCGAAACUACAAUUCGGACUAUCAUAAAAAGUAUGAGCAGAUGGAAAUAGACAAUUGUAAAAGAGAAAGUGGAAAUAGGGAAAGUCCCAAUAAAACCAGGCAUUCUCCAAAGCCAGAGGAAAGAGAGCAUAAGAGAAGCAAGCAAGAAAGAGAUCUCAAAAUCAAUACAGUAUCUCCUGCUCCUCCAAAUAAAAUUCCCGACAAAUCACCACCACCUAUUGUGGUUGUCGAUGACACAGAGCGAAGUACAAAUUCAGAAGAUAAAAAAGUGGAAGUGGAUGUUGCUAGUGGAAAUACAACUCCCAGAUUGGACCACAGUGUCGAAGGUCAACAACCCGCAACACCAAUCAAUCCUGGGUCUGUUAAACAAACUCCUCCACAGCCGGAGAUCCCAAGUAUGGGAGUUUACACUCCAGACUCUACCACAAACUCAGUACAUUCUCUUCACGGCUACGGUCAGUGUGACUUGGAUGUCAGUCAGCUGGGACUAGAAUCUCCCACAAGUAUAUCGUCCAAUGACAUGCCACCAUCCGUCGGGGCACCUGAGCCACCGAGACCUCCCUCGUCCCAGGCCUACACAGACUGUGCCCAACAAGGUGGACACCCAGUGUUCCAUCAUCAUCACGUCACGUCUUCUCCUCAGCACUGUCCACCCUCACUACCGCAGUAUCAAACUGCCCCGUCCAAACAGUCAAGCAGCCGUAGCAAGUCCUCCCAGAGUGUAAGUCAACACCACUCUCGUAACAGAUCUACACCCCCUGCUCCCUCCCCAGCCCUCCACAGAUCUACCCCACCACAGCAAACAUCUCGACACCACCAACAGAGCUACUCCCAUCACCACCCCCAUCACUCAGUAGUGUCUCAACCCAACUACAUUGUACCUCAGAUGCAGACAGGCGCCUAUGUUCCUAUGACGACGGUGAUCCAACACCGGAUGACCCCAGGUUCUCAACCGUCUCCCAGUCAGAGAGUCAGUUCUACACCGACAUGCUCAGUCGCAGGUCCCACAAACUUCUACAUCCAGAACAUCCAGCCGGCAAUGCAUCCCCACACACACACUCCAACACCGAGCACCACCUGCUCAGGGGUGCCUCAAACUACCCAAGGUACUCCUUCUUGCAGCCUAGCCAAGCUGCAGCAACUUACCAAUGGUUUGGAUAUGGUCCCUCCUGGCCACUGCGCAAAUAUGACUCCUCCUCCUCCCAUGAACCUCACUCCUCCACCCACCUCCCAUCCGACAAUGACCCCUCCUCCGUCUGCUCAUCAGAUGCUGCAGCAGUCCAACCUGGCAGCGAGCUACCACAAGUUCUACCCUGGUAACAUGCCUCCGUCUAGUGGCCGCAGCUCCAGUCGGUCCUCCGGUGUCCAGAUGCCUCCCACGAGUAGUUCAUCCCGUCCCGGUGUUUCACCCAACGUCACACUCAACCCCAACCUGAUGGGCAGCUCCAUGUACCAGUUCAAUGGCUACCGCAUGGCCGGACAACAGAGCCCGGCUACUGUAACCGGUUAUAUCACAAACACUGGAUUCAUCAACCAGGGUCAGAUACCAGUACAGAUGGGAGUGAUGAACAUGGCUCAAAGUCAAUACGCACAGGACCCUGCCGCCAUACAACAGAACAAUAUUUAUACUUACGGCUACAUCAACAGCAACCUUAUCAAUGGCACUUUGAGGCGUUAAAUCAUCCUAAGUUGUAAAGGGGACCAAUUUUUAUUUGUCCUAAAUUUGUCUUUCAUUGUGAUUACAACAAUUUUGGUGGUCAAAGAAAAAAAUAAUCAACUAAAAAUUUGAAUUCAAUUUGAUUUCACAUUUUGGUAAAAUUUGUGACAAAAUUAAAUUAGGUUUUUAUAAUACCAUUGAAUCUUUGAAGUUAAAUGUUGCUCCAACAUGUAUGUACAUUAUUACCGAUUUAAUGUUUUAUAUUUGUUGAUUUAAUGUCUCAGCCUUAUAAAUGGAUAAUGUUAAGUCACUUAUUGUUAGUGUUGCUCGUUAUUACAGGGUUAAUAUGUUAUUAGUAAAUGUUCUUGUUAACUGAUGUUCAAUUAACUUAUACAUUGUAAAGUUUAAGUUACAUGUUUUUUUUUAGUUGCACACAUCUUUCUCCUGGUUAUUUUUUUACUGGUUUAUUUUGUAUUAGAUAUAUUUUGUAUACUUGUGAUUUAUUAACUUAAGUCUUAAUUGUGUGGUCUCUGCAGUUUCAAUGUAUAAUUUAAUUAAAAUUUAUUUUUGUAACCCUUUUUAACAUUUGUUUAAUUUUAUUUUCAGAGCCGUUUUCAUUAUGGUUUGUUGUGUAAUCACACAUUUGAUUAAGUGUUGUACAUUGCAUUGCACUUCAUUGAUUUACUUUAGGGAGUUUUCCAAUUUUUUCUUAUAGAACCAUGGAUAUUGAGCAGUUGAUGAACUCUUCAAUUAUUUUUUUUCUUGUUACUUUUUAUAGUAUUGCAAUCUUGUUACUUUUUUUAGUAUUGCAAACCCAAAGGAUUUUUUUACAGGGGACCGAUCCAAAUUAAUAAUUUAAUGAGUCAGAUUUUCACAAGAUCACUGUAAUGUUCAGAGUUGCAUGAUAAUGGUACAAUCCAGAUAAUGAUAAAACAAUUAAAUGAGCUCAGAGACGCGUUGACUUUUUUACAAAGUUUGACUCUGUCUUAUAGUGUUUAUACUAACUAUUUGAUUGUUAGGUUUUGGUGUUGCGAGAUGUUUAAGAUAGUGUUGACAUACAUCACAGUACUCUGUAAAUACUUUAUAUUCCAGCACUGUGUCAUGUAUUAUAGUAGUUUAGGAGAAAGUGAUUUAUUUUUGUCACUCAAAUAUCAGUACAACUCAGUGUAUGUAAUAGGCUAAUCUCUCUCUUCUAUAUUAUUUAUUUUUAUAAUAAGCAGUCUGUAAUUUUUAAGUUUUCUAUUUGCAUGUACGGCAGCUAAAAGCUUAAUUUACUUUUAAAAUGCGUUGAGUAUUCUUGUGUAACUUUUCCUCUUCAAAACUAACUCGGAGAAGAACUGUCCAAAUUGAAUAGCAGUCUAUAGUUUGGGUCAGUAAAUGUGAUAAAUAUUCUAGAAUGAAAGAUUGUUCGGUUUAAUCUUGAUAAUAGAAUUUGUAAAACCACUAAGAGAUGGUUAUAGUCAAAAGUAUGAUAAUGUAAAUAUAUGUUUUUGUGAUGUAAGAAUAAAAAUGGUCUGUUGUUUUUAAUAUAAUUCUAUGUUAAGUCUGUGUAAUUAUAAUUCUGGUCUUUGUUACUGUAAGAUCAAUUUUGUAGAAAAGUAUUAUUUUUAGUAUAAUUUAAAUUUGAUGAGUUUUAUAUGUAAUUUAUCUUAAAAUUCUUGCUGUAUAUAGAAAAGCUAAAUUAUACAAUGU